AUGAAGAUGACAAUUUUGGAUCAUCUAGAGCGAAUUAAAGAGGAGUAUAAUUUUAUUCAAACUCAAUUGCAACAACAACGGGUGGAGAUUGAAAAACUGUCGCAAGAGAAGGAAGCGAUGCAGCGACAUUAUAUGAUGUAUUAUGAAAUGAGUUAUGGUUUAAACGUGGAAAUGCAUAAACAGACAGAAAUAGCUAAGCGGUAUAACGCGAUUCUAUCUCAGAUUAUUCCGUUGUUACCAGCUGAACAUCAGCAGUCAGCAUUGGCUGCGAUGGAGCGUGCGAGACAGAUCAGCAUGGCAGAGUUGCAUCAAGUAAUCGGGAGUCAGGUACAUGCACAACAGCAGUUGGCCAUGUUACCUGGCAUGGGUAUGGCUGCUCCGAUGGGUCUAGGGGCCCAAGGCCCUUUCCAUCCCAUUGCUGCUGUUGCAGCUGCAGCGGUCGGUAUGGGGGCUAAGCCAGAAGAAAAGAAUGAUGACAGAAAUCCUAGUCGUGCAUCGCGACCUCGUUCUAAUACACCAGAAACAAGCCAGAAACGACCGAAGGUUGAAUCUGAAGACGGGGAUGGUGAGCUAGAGAUUGAUGUACAAAAUGAUGAUCCAUCCAUUACUAAUGGUGUGAAUUUAAAAAAAGAUGGUCGAGAGAGUACUCAGUCUAUAUCUUCCGGUGAUUCUACACCAGGCAAAGCUCGAAUUUCUAAUGCUCUCACAUCAUCCGAUGCAAUGGCAUCGAUGGCUUCAUCUAUGCUUGCAAAUCCAGCAUUGGCUUCAUUUGCUGGACGAGCAGCUUUGCCUGCCAUGUUAGAUCCUCAUGCACAAGCGCGUUUCAUGGCUGGAAUGAGCCAGGCUGGAGCCAUGUCAAAUGGAAAGCCAGCAUAUAGUUACAAAACAACAGAGAGUGGGCAGUUGCAGCCAGUGGCAUUUCCACAAGACGCACUUAUGGGCCCUGGUAUACCUCGAAUAGCACGAAAGGUCCAUGAUUUACAACACGGAGAGGUAGUUUGUGCUGUGACCAUUUCACACCAAAAUCGACAUGUCUAUACUGGCGGGAAAGGAUGUGUCAAGGUAUGGGACAUAUCUAGAGCGGAAACAUCAAAAAAUGCGAUCUCAACAUUCGAGUGCCUCGAAGACAACUACAUUCGGUCAUGCAAGUUAUUCAAUGACGGUUCUACCUUGAUUGUAGGGGGUGAAGCGCAGACAAUCACUAUUUGGGACCUUGCGACCGAAAAAGUAAAGGUAGAAUUGGAUAGCGAAGCACAAGCUUGUUAUGCAUUAGCGAUUUCUCCUGAUAACAAAUUAUGUUUUUCGUGUUCAGCUGAUGGCAAAAUUAUUAUUUGGGAUCUCGAUAGCAAAAAAAUGAUUCACUGUUUACCUGGACAUCAAGACGGUGCCAGUUGUGUUGAUCUUUCAAGCGAUGCUGUAAGGCUGUGGAGCGGCGGUUUAGAUAACACUGUUCGUUCAUGGGAUUUGCGUGAAAGAUUACAGUUACAGCAGCAUGAUUUCCAGUCACAAAUUUUUUCUCUUGGAUGUUGCCCAUGUGAUGACUGGGUGGCAGUUGGUAUGGAAAAUAGCAAUGUAGAAGUUCUACAUAUCAAUAAACCAGACAGAUACUCACUUCAUAUGCAUGAUAGCUGUGUUCUAUCCUUAAAAUUUGCACAUAGUGGAAAAUGGUUUGUUUCAACUGGGAAAGAUAAUAUGUUGUGUGCUUGGCGGACUCCCUAUGGUGCAUCCCUUCUGACAGCCAAAGAAAGCUCAUCUGUUUUGUCAUGCGAUAUAUCAUUUGAUGAUAAAUAUAUUGUCACCGGAUCCGGUGAAAAGAAAGCCACCGUCUAUGAGGUGGGUUACUGA